AUGGGCUCCGUCUCCGACAACGAUACCCCGGCGCUCGCCACCAACCCCAAGAUCAUCUUCUUCACCGACUUUGACGGCACCAUCACGAUCAAGGACUCCAAUGACUUCAUGACGGAAGAGCUCGGCUACGGCCGCGAGCUGCGCCUCGUCGAGAACGACCACAUCCUCUACGGCCGCAAGUCGUUCCGCGAAGCCUUCCAGGGCAUGAUGGACUCGAUCAAGCUGCCCUUUGACCAGUGCAUCGCCACGCUGCGCGCCAACAUCAAGCUCGACCCCGGCUUCCGCGACUUUUUCCACUGGUGCCGCGCCCACAACGUGCCCAUCGUCAUCCUCUCCGGCGGCAUGCGGCCCGUCAUCCGCUCGCUGCUCGAAAUGUGGCUCGGCGACGAGGCCUCGUACAUCCAGAUCGUCAGCAACGACGUCGCCCCGCGCGACGGCAAGUCCAUCAACGACGAGGCCGGCUGGCGCAUCGUCUACCACGACGACACGCCCUUUGGCCACGACAAGUCGAUGGAGAUCCGCAAGUACUCGGCCCGCCCCGACCGCCCCAUCAUGCUCUACGCCGGCGACGGCGUCUCCGACCUCUCCGCCGCCCGCGAGACUGACCUCCUCUUCGCCAAGGCCGGCAAGGACCUCGUCACCUACUGCGAGCGCGAGAACGUCCCCUUUGUCACCUUCCAGGACUUCACCUCCAUCCACAAGACGGUCGAGGCCAUCGAGGCCGGCACCCUGACCCACAAGGACGCCGCCCUCGGCCGCAUCCACACGUAG